CCGGUUUCGCCGAAUCGCAAUAGUUCAUAAACCUUUCUAUUUGUAUUUACUUUUAAAUAAAGUAAGACAAAUAAGUAUCUGGUAAAAAGCUAGAAGCAUAAAACACGAAUAAAAUCAAACACAUCUCCGAAUGAACAAUCGAAAAUGCCAAAACGGGAACGUCGCCCGAAACCGAGCCACAGCUGCUGCAUCAAAACGAAGGCCGCUCUCAAAGAUUUCGAUUCCGAAAUACGAGAACAGGAAGUUUUCGUACUUCCGGAUGACGACGACAUUCGCAAACGGAUUCACGCUCGACGCCGGGUGGGACGCUUCAAUGGGCUAAAAGGGUGCUACAAAAUGUGGCGCGCAUCGUUGCUAAUGCAUCUGAAAGAUCUGGGCCUGGAGCACACCCUGGAACGGAUUCCGCCGGAAGAAAUCUACGAAAUCGACGGGGACUUUGACGGGGAGGCCUGGGCCAGUGCCUACCAGAAACGCUGCGAGCAGGACUGCGAAGCGAUCGACGAGAUGUGUACCACGAUGGAUUUGGAACCGCUGAAAAGGGUGGCCCACUGUACCUAUGCCAAGGAUAUACUGGACACCCUGGACCUGAACUAUAACCGGGUUCCGCGGAAGAAAAAAUAACUGACUGCAGGAUUAACUGCGGGUGGAAGCGAUCCUUGAUUGAACCAUAGAGUAGAAAACCUUUUGAAAUUCCUAGAGGGAAAUCGCAAUUGAACCAUUUCUAUUGGUUUCAGCUUUUUAGACUUAGAUCGUUAGCGUUCUACGUUUUCUGUUAUUCGUCUGGGACGAAAGUAAUUCUAUUUUUUGUUAAUAUUUUAUUUUUCUGAAAUAUUUUUUUAGAGACAACUUUUAAAUUUGUUAUCGUUAUCUGUAUUUUUUUUUUUCAUGAUCUAUAAACAAAAGGCAAAACAUAAUUUUUGUUCAUUUAAAAUUACCAGCUUUUGGCACGAUUCACACAAUGUAAUUUUCAGAAGCAAUGUUUAAGCUUUCUCCGGAUACGUUACGGUUAUUGUUCAGUCUAUAGUUGGUUCACUCAUGAUCCUGCUAUCGCAGGCAAUCAAAAAAAAAAUGGCACAAAUAUCAAAUUACACACAAACACUGAUGACACACAUUCAAAAAUAAGAACAAUCGAACCGAACAUGUAAUGUAGUAAUUUUAAACAUUAUUAUAACAAUAAAAUUUAAAAAAAAUCACAAUGCAAUC